GGACGGAUGGACGGCCUCUAUGGGGCCGGGGCGUCGAGGUACAGAGCAGACGAGGACGAGGAGGAGCCCGAGGGCGGCACUGCCGACCCAAAGGGGUCCAGGCUGCCGCCCAUAUCCAGCGGCGCCUCGGAGCCCGCCAAACGCAAGGCGAAGAGGAAGAAGAAGAAGAAAAAGACCGAGGGGUCGGGCAAGGGGGACGAUAAACAUCAGAGCCGAAGCCUGAAGAAUCAGCAGCUGUCUUCAUCUUUUCAGGAGGUCUUAAGUCCCAGCAAAGAUCAUGGCCUGAGGCAAGAACACAGGCAGGACAAAGAGCCAACCAAGCUCACCCCUUCUUUCUCCUGCUCUGGAAGUCUCCCCGACUUUGCCGAAAUAGAAGAGAACCUUUCGAACCGGGUCAACGAGAGCCUGCGCUGGGAUGGCAUUCUUGCCGACCCCGAGGCAGAGAAAGAGCGGAUUCGCAUUUAUAAGCUGAACCGGAGGAAGCGCUACCGGAUCCUGGCCCUCAAGAGCAUCCACUCUGACCCCUACACCCAGGAGCCACCUGAGGACCUGGCCUAUCUCUCAGACAGCGACGGCAGCACCAACAGCGGGCAGCCCUCUUCAAAAGCCGACUGCCCUGACCACCGCUUUGAAGGGGACCUUACUCCAAAGGUCCCGCUCUGUGACUUAGCUGCCGCUCUGCCCGAGUGAAGAUCCUCCCAAGAUACCAGCAAGCUUAUCGUUUAGCCUCACAGCAAAUGUAUGUGUUAGGAAAGAAGGGGAGAUCAGACCUACAGCCGAAGGCAGCAGCUGACGGGUGUGUCGAUGAGGUCAACGUCUCCUGUCACCAGGGUGCCCCCAGUUGCCCAGGAAAGCCAUGGUUCCUUAACAGAAGCAAGUUCAUGAACACAGUUCUUUUCAGAAUUUCCCUUUUCUCAAAUAACCUGGCAUCUCUUUGUUAU